GGCUAGAAGAUUAUGACGAAGCUAUGGCAAGUGCAAGGCAAUCCAGAGGUAUGUCGGAUGAUUAUGCCCAUGACCAUGACUAUGCUCAUGACCAUCCGCACUUAGAAGAGAUGAAAGAAGAGAAAAAGGCCGUUGCAACCGAUCCAUGGGCUAGUUAUUAUGACUUCAUUAUAAAUGAAUGGUCGUACAAGUUUUGGGCUGGAUUUCAGCUCUUCACCGCCGCUUUGCUAAUUUAUUCGGCUUUUGCUGCCGCGUACUAUGCAAAAUUCAAUGUAAUUACAACAGACUACGAUUAUUACGAUGACUUCUUUGGAAGGUCAAACAACGAAUCUCCAACCAGCAGUUUAUGGUCAGGACUCUCAUCCACGACGUUCCAAAGGAUAUUUGAUGCUAUUUCUUCCAAAAAAUACACGUGAGGCUGCCCAAAGAAGGAACGGAUAUUUUGUCACGGAGCAUUUUAUCACACAUCUGGAGUUGCAAUG